AUGAACUCUCUUCUUGUUUACGGACAAGUCUUGCAAGUCAAGGAGUACACUUGUGGUGGGUAUUUCGAAGGCCAAUUGUCAGUGAUACUCAAUACGUCGGCCGGUUAUUCUCCUGAUGAUAGUGCAGUGUUUCCCAAUGAGCCGCUCACCAAUAAUUUAUAUCUGUAUCAAUGGGAUUGUUUUGCUUCGGCAUCCUUCAAAGGUGCCCCUAUCGUUUGUCAUUGGUGUCACCACGCCGGUCAUGUACGCUCGAAAUGUCCCGAAUUGGCCAAAACCAAAUGCUUCGCUUGUCAAGAUCAUGGUCAUACCGCCAAGUUUUGUAAAAAGAGAACGUGUCAGCCAGAGCAAAUCAAUACUCCUAAGAAGGAAUCAAAUGUCAAGCUGCCUACGAUUGUUGAACAGUCUAUCUCCGAUUCUGAUACCGACCUGUCAGAUGCGUACCAAGCUUCGACGACUGUUGCAAGUGGUUCUUCAUCGUCCAAGUACGCCACAACUAUAAAAACGGUCUGCAUGGAAAUUGAAGAGGACGAGGGUACAUCACCCGUGUCACCUCCGACAUCCCAUUUGGCUGGUAAAAUGGUUGAUAGCGGAAGGAAAAUACUAGGACAUAAGCGAUCCCUAUUGGGUAAACAGAAGGCUAUCAAACCAACCUCCAAAGGUACUACUCCUAAGUUGGUUGUCCAGACGCAACCUGGUCUUAAAGGUCACAAAAUGUUUACGAAGACAAAGGUUACUAAAACGAAAUAG